ACAGGGUUGGCUUAUAUAAGGAAGCGUUGUUGCAGACAGAUUUCUCUUCUUCAGCUCAGCAGCAGACCAGCUCUUCACUUCAUAAUCCAGUUAUGACCAGCAAAUAUGACAAACACGGCUGGCUCCUGGCUCUGGCUUUCACUGCUCUCCUGCUCGUCAUCAGUAAUCAGCUGACCAGCCCGCCAUCAGGAAAUCCCCACUCCUCUGAACACAGCACUGAGAGCCGGUCCACGCAGGGUCACGGUAGCCCACCCCUCACGGAUCACCAACCCGCUGCACCAUCCUGCCAAGGCCGCAGCCAGCUCUCAUCCACGGGAUGUACUGGAUACCCGCUGGAUUCUUCCCCCUCAUCUCACUGGGUCCCAUCAGAACUGACCAGAUACAACAAUGAGGAGAUCAGGAUUGUGAUGGUGGGGAAGACUGGAGUUGGGAAGAGCGCGACAGGAAACACCAUUCUGGGAAAUCAGAGCUUUAAAUCAGAGUUUUCCCCUGAAUCUUUGACUGUCCACUGUGCUAAGGCCCGUGGUGAGGUGGAUGGACAAAAGGUUGCUGUUAUCGACACUCCAGGUCUGUUUGACACCAGGAUUGAUGAAGAGAAAACAGCUAAAGAUAUUGCCCAGAGCAUUUCUUAUGCUUCUCCUGGACCCCACAUCUUCCUGGUCGUCAUCAGACUGGGCAGAUUCACAGAGGAAGAAAAGAAGACUGUGCAGAAGAUUAAAGAUAUCUUUGGAGAGGAAGCAGACAAAUACAGCAUGGUUCUCUUUACCCAUGGUGACCUGCUCAAAGGGAAACCGAUUGAGGAGUUCUUGGCGAAAAGCAAAGACCUGCAGGAACUUGUGGCCAAAUGUAACGGCCAGUACCACGUCUUCAAUAACGAACUGGAGGAUCGUUCUCAGGUCAGAGAGCUGCUCAACAAGAUCAGAGAUAUAACAGAGAAGAACGGAGGAAGCCAUUACACCAAUGAAAUGUUCCAGAAGGCAGAGAAAGCGAUUGAAGAGGAGAAACAACGAAUCCUGAAAGAGAAAGAAAAGGAAAUGCGCAAACAGCGGGAGGAACUGGAGAAGACAAUAAAGGAAAAGUACGAGCAACAAAUGAGUGAAGCAAAGGCUGACAUUGAAAGGGAGAAAAGGUUACUGGCAGAUCGCGAGAGAGAAAUGGAAGAGAGGGGGAAAAAAUUGAAAGAACAUCAGGAAAGGUGGGCCAGAGAGGAAGCAGAGAGCAGUAAUCCAUUCGUGAGGUUUUUUAAGUUUCUAAAAAAGUUAUUUUUUGGAUGACUUUUUGACUUUGUGAUGAAGGACUGCAGCAGAUGAACUGGCUGCUGUGACUUUAUUAACAUUCACAUUCCAGUUUUUGGUUUCCUCAUUGUGCCAGGUUUUUGAUAAUAACAGUUACUUAAUGAACAUUUAAUUACAUAAAGAUUACCGUUGGUUUAGAUUUUUGCAUUUGAAUUUUCUAUCCUAUCGUUUGAGGAGCGUGUUAUUAUAUUCUAUAAUACUGAUUUUGAAUUUUGUGGAUUUGGAUAUCUGUUUUAUCUUUUCUCAUUUUAUAAACAGAAGUGUCCAAUUUAUAUUAAUAACAGAGCCCUUGAGAAUCUCAUAAACAGUUGUGUACGGUAGAGGGAACCUUUAUACAUAGAAUACACAGUUUACUUUUUACAGUUGAAAUACGUCUUUGACUUUGUGGACAUUGUGUCAUCUUUAACAUCCUGUGUGUGCUUUAAUGUCCUCUCCUUCAUAAUGUCAAAGAAAGCAAACCUCACUGGUGUUAAUAUUAAUAAAUGUACAAGAUGAUGAGUAAAUGUUGAGUAGCUUGUAUUGAGUAGAAUAUGUUAGUAAGGUGAUCAUGAAAUAAAGCUGAUAAUUAACGA